UGAAAAAGUAGAGACGAAAGACGAAAAAACAUCUCAAUUUCUCUCACAACAAUCUCUUCGAUUUUCCAAAUUUUAUUUCCUUCAUUUCGUCUUUAUAGAACUAUUUGUUCUUCUUUUUUUUUGUCUGUGUAUUAUAAACCCAAUUCAAAAUUUCCUUUCUAGGGUUUCCAAUUUAAUUUCUAAAAACAGAAACUUUCCAUUUUCGAAUAAAACAGAGAGCCUUCAAUGGUGGUAGCAACGACCAUAGCCCUUCUUUACGCGAGUCCACCGAGCACCGUAUGCUCCACACCACACCAGAUCACCAUCUCCUGCGACCUCGAUCUCAAUCCCAAAUCCUCAUCUUCUUCCACAACAAUCGGUGGUCUCUCCCUCCUCUUCAAAUCAUCCCCUUCCUCCUCCUCCUCUUCUGCUUCACACCCAACAACCAUAGGAGAUGAACUACCUUCCAUACGCCAUGACCGAACCGAGGAUCAUCGAACCACCUUAACCGGUUCCUUCUCUUACUCCCCGACCAAAUUCAUCACUUCUUCUUACCUCAAACGAGACCACCACCACCAAAGCCCUGUCUCAGUCCUCCACAGCCCUCCCGUGAGAAGCUUCACUGGGUCCAACAGAAUGUUCAAUGGUUUCAUCAGGAAAGCAGUAGGCUCGUGUGUUGAUUACGACACAGACUCUGUUCUCGUAGAUGAGCAGUUACCAUUCUCCAUGGACGAUGAAGAAGGAGGAGGAGAGAGAAGACAGCCAUACGCUAAGGAUUUGCUUAGACGUGCUCAGCUGAAACACAAAAUCUUCGAAGAUGAGUCUGUCAUCAAAGCUUUUUAUGAAGCUGAGAAAGCUCAUAGAGGACAGAUGAGAGCUAAUGGUGAUCCUUACCUUCAACAUUGUGUUGAGACUGCUAUCUUGUUGGCUGAGAUUGGAGCUAAUGCGACCGUUGUGAUAGCUGGGAUUCUUCAUGAUACUUUGGAUGAUUCGUUUAUGAGCUAUGAUUAUAUUCUCAUGACUUUUGGAUCUGGAGUUGCUGAUCUUGUCCAAGGGGUGUCUAAGCUCAGUCAGUUAAGUAAACUUGCUCGGGAGAACAACACCGCGUGUAAAACCGUUGAAGCAGAUCGACUCCACACUAUGUUCCUUGCAAUGGCAGACGCGAGAGCUGUCCUUAUUAAGUUAGCUGACCGGUUACACAACAUGGUGACACUCUACGCUUUGCCUCCUGUUAAGCAGCAAAGGUUUGCUAAAGACACGCUGGAGAUAUUCGCACCUUUGGCUAAUCGGUUAGGAAUCUCUAGCUGGAAAGUUGAGCUUGAGAAUCUCUGUUUCAAGUAUCUUCAUCCUGACCAGCACCACGAGAUGUCAACUAUGCUCGAGGAUUCGUUCGAUGAAGCUAUGAUUACUUCUGCGAUUGAGAAGAUGGAACAAGAGCUUAAGAAAGAAGGCAUUUCUUAUCAUGUUGUGUCUGGAAGGCACAAGAGCUUGUAUAGUAUCUACUGCAAGAUGUUGAAGAAAAAGCUAACCAUGGAUGAGAUUCAUGACAUUCAUGGGUUACGUUUGAUUGUUGACAAUGAGAAAGAUUGUUACAAGGCCUUAGGAGUAGUUCACAAGCUAUGGUCUGAAGUUCCUGGAAAGCUGAAAGAUUACAUCACUCAUCCCAAGUUCAACGGGUACAAGUCUUUGCAUACCGUAGUGAUGGGAGAUGGAACCAUUCCGCGAGAAGUUCAAAUACGGACCAAAGAGAUGCAUUUGCAAGCUGAGUUUGGGUUUGCAGCUCACUGGAGAUACAAGGAAGGUGACUGCAAACACUCAUCGUUUGUGCUUCAGAUGGUUGAAUGGGCGAGAUGGGUUGUGACCUGGCACUGUGAAACCAUGAGCAAAGACAGAUCUUCUCUCUGCAGUUUCCCAUCUCACGUUGAAGACUGUCCUUUUUCGUAUAAGCCUAAUGGUAACCAAGAAGGACCAGUCUAUGUCAUUGUAAUCGAAAACGACAAGAUGACUGUGCAAGAGUUUCCCGCAAGCUCCACGGUCUCGGACCUGUUGACCAGAGCAGGACCAGGGAGCUCAAGAUGGUCAAUGUACAGUAUCCCGGCAAAGGAAGAGCUAAGACCAAGGCUAAACCAGGUACCUGUAAGUGAUCUGAAAUGCAAGCUGAAGAUGGGAGAUGUGGUGGAGCUGACUCCGGCCAUACCUGACAAGUCUCUGACUGAAUACAGAGAGGAGAUUCAGCGGAUGUAUGAUCGAGGGCUCGGCUUUUCGCGUCCUCACGGUGUAGCUGCUGGCACAAUGGUUGGGUGGGGAAGCUAA